AUGGAAGGGAAUUAUAAACGAACUGUGAUUGCAUGCUUCAUACAAGCAAUAUAUUUGCUUGAACUCGAUAGACAAGAGAAUAGAGACGAAACAAAUGCUCUAGCUCCUAAGUGGUGGAUACCUUUUAAGUAUAAACUAUCGCAAACCUUAAUCGAUGAAAGAGAUGGAUCCAUAUUUGGGGCAAUUUUGGAAUGGGAUCGGUCUGCAGCACUUGCUGACUUUGUACUUAUCAGGCCAAGUGGUGCACCAAAGGCGGUUUUAGCACUUAGAGGAACAUUGCUCAAAGGCCCAACUAUGCGAAGGGAUAUUGAAGACGACCUUCGUUUUCUUGCUUGGGAGAGCUUAAAGGGUUCUGUUAGGUUCAAAGCAGCUAUGGAGGCUCUGAAAUCAGUUGCUGAAAGGUAUGGAAGCAGUAAUGUAUGUAUUGCAGGACACUCAUCGGGGGCUGGAUUUGCUCUCCAAGUGGGAAAAGCAUUAGCGAAAGAAGGGAUGUAUGUGGAAACUCAUUUGUUCAAUCCGCCUUCCGUUUCGCUAGCAAUGAGCUUCAGAAAUAUUGGAGAGAAAGCAGGAUUUGCUUGGAAGAGAUUGAAGUCAAUGCUCCCUUUGAGAAGUGGAGCUCAGAUCAGCAGUGAAGAGGGAGAUAGGACUUCUGGUUUUGGACUGAAGAAUUGGAUGCCAAAUUUUUCGGGUUUGAAGAAUCCUGGUAUGGGUUUGGGAAAAUGGGUUCCUCAUUUGUACGUAAAUAACAGUGACUACAUCUGCUGUUCUUAUACUGAGCAUGAUGGAGCAGAAGUAAACAAUGCUGACAAGGAGGAUGUGUGUCCAACAAAUGGUCAAGUAGCAGCAAAGCUGUUUGUUAUGUCAAGGGGAAACCAGAAGUUUUCGGAGGCUCACGGUUUAGAGCAAUGGUGGUCUGAUGAUUUGGAACUUCAACUGGCUAUGCAUAACAGUAAGCUCAUUAGCAGGCAGCUGAAAUCCUUGUAUAGCCUUCCAGCUCCACAACAAACACUUGCUAGAUAACAAAGGCCCUCUUGUUUU